CGAGGCGAGCUUACAGCAAAGGAGCCAGGAGCGGAGUGUGUCUCGCGGGCGGGACCGCUGAAGCUAGGCCGCAAUAGGGCCACUCGCUUCCACUCGACGUCAGCCGGUUCACUCAGGCGAGAACGGAGCUGCAGGAAACAGCUUGCCCAGCUUUGCUACCGCAUUGCUUUGCAAGAGACAGUGCACGGAGGUGGCGAGUCUCGUGACUCGUCGAAUGAAAAGCAGCACGGUUGAAGUCGUAUGAAUCUGUAGCGCUGGAAGCCCCCAAUCAUGGCGACGCUGGACACUUCACAGAAUGGCGUGUCCAUAAACAGCAGUUACAACAAAGUCGUUCACUCGGAACUACCAUCCGCCGGCCAGGGCAUAUGGGCCGUCUUUCAGGUGCAGGCGCCGUUGGGCUUCCAAGGCUACGGUGCGGCAGCAGGUCAGACGAGCGUACUGAAGGUGCAGAGCACUGGCGAGGGUGAGCUUCAGGACUUGAUUGACGAGUUCUCCGAUGGUCGGGUACAGUUUGCGUUUCUCAAGGUUCGGGAUCCGAAUACAACGCUGCCGAAGAACGUGCUCAUCGGAUGGUGCGGAGAGGGUGUGCCAGAGAGGACCAAGGGCUACUUCACGAGCCAUCAGAAUGCCGUGACCAAGAUGCUACAUGGCUACCACGUGCAGAUUACAGCACGCUCCGAGCGCGAUCUAAGUCCUGAUCUCAUCGUGCAGAAAGUGGCCGACUCGUCUGGCUCAAAGUACAGUGGAGGAGGAGCGCCUGCAAGUGCUACUGGCGGUGGCUUGCCUCCACCAGUCGCAUCAAAGCCGGUGAUGCCCACCAAGAGCUUUGGCGCGACGGGUAGCUUUCAGCCACUAGGACAGAGGACUCGGCAGGCACCUACAUCAACCGGACCCAUCGACAAUGACGGCUGGGGUCAGGAUGCACCGCCUGUCACGCGGUCACAGCUCGAGAAGGUUGAGUCUGCAUACAAGCCCACCAAGGUUGACAUGGCAUCACUACAAUCACAGCAAGAGCCAUCACGGUAUCAGGCGCCGCAGCGGGCAGAGAACGGCAACUCGGAUGUGGUGCGGAGCGACUAUCAACCCAUUGGCAAGGUGGACAUUGCAGCAAUCAGACGGCAAGCUCAAGAACGUGGCACUGCGAAAGAUGAGCGGCCGACGACUGUGAAAGGCGCAUACGAGCCGAUAGGCAAGGUGGACAUUGCGGAGAUAAGACGAAAAGCGCAAGGCGCACCUCCUCCGACCCAAGCUCCCCCCCCUUCGCAGCCAGCUGCGACUGAAGAUGAUAGGCCCAAGUCGCUUGCUGAUCGGUCUGCCGCUUUCCAGCAGUCGGGCGAGCGCCUCUCCACGCUACCCAAACCGCAAGUAGCCAACCGCUUUGGCUCCUCAGCGGGGAACUUUGCGGGCACGAAGGCACCAGCACCGAGUGGCUUUGACGCGAAGCCGGUGCAGCCACAAGUCGGUGCAGCGGGACGGUCCUUUGCGGAGUCGGCCAAGAAGACGCCAGCUCAGGAGUGGGAGGAGAGACGGCGGGCGCGAGGCCUUAGUGGGGCUGCGGACAAUCAGCCUGCGGCAUCCCCUAUUGCCAGCCAGACGAGCGGUGGCUAUCAGAGCAGCUAUGGAGGUAAGAAGUGGGACGUGCAAGCUCCGAGUCGAACCGGUGGAAGCGGCGUCAGUGCGCAACCUACGGGCGAGGAGCCGGUCCGGGAAGAGGAGUCCGAGGAGCCGACGAGUGGUGGUAUUAGUUCGAUAAGAGACCGCUUCAAGGAUACUGCACCCAUGGGUGCCGCACGUGAGCACACUGGCGGCGCACCGGAGCCUCCGCCUCUUGACACAACAAGCAAACCAAACGCCGGCGCUCGUGGCGUGCCUAUCCCAGGCUUGCCACAACGUCCCGAACAAGCCGGCCGUCCAGCCGAAGAGCAUCAGGAUCUACCACCUCCGCCACCGCGGCCCAUGCCUGCAGACGAGGAAGAUGAUGAGGACGAAGAACCCAUGCCGCAAUCAUCUCCGGUCCGUAUCGCUAUGCCUGUGGCACGUUCCGCACAGCCGGAGCUCGAAAAGUCUGAACCGCUGCCACCUCGUGCAAUGCCUACCGACUCCCUUGCCGAGGCAGUCGCGGCCCGCAAAGAGCCUGAACCGGAGCCGCAGGUCGAAGAAGACGAUCCUGCACGUGCCGCCGGACAGGCAGCGGCGAGCAGUACGUUCGGUCAACAGGCCGAAGACGUGCGUGCCACGAUGGAGGGCGGCAAGGAAGCUAUCGCACAGUAUGACUAUGAGAAAGCGGAGGAGAACGAGCUCGAGAUGAGAGAGGAUGAGCGUAUCACUAACAUCGACAUGGUAGACGAGGAUUGGUGGAUGGGUACCAAUAGCCGUGGCGAGCGCGGGCUCUUCCCUAGCAACUAUGUUCAGCUUGUUCAAGGCGGUGGCGGCUCAGGAGGACAUGCUCCACCGCCUGCUCCAGCCGAAUCCGAACCUGCGCCAGCUGCUCCUGCGGCACCUUCAACCGGGGACGCUGGAGCCAAGACUGCUACCGCACAGUAUGACUAUGAAGCAGCCGAAGAAAAUGAGCUCAGCUUCCCCGACGGAGCAAAGAUUACGAACAUUGAGUUUCCGGACGACGAUUGGUGGUUCGGGCACUACGGGGGCAAGACCGGGCUUUUCCCAGCCAACUAUGUCACGCUCGACGAGUAGGCAUAUGGCACCGCCGUGCCAUAUGCGAUGCCAUCUGACGUGCGUGCGACAGCUGGUGUACGGCAGAAGCUAGUUAGAGCCG